CACAUAGAUCCACCUCCAUCGAUAGUGUUCUUCUUUCACCGAUAUAAACAUAGUACAAAGCGGGAAAUAGCCAGCGCGCAUUCGGUACUACACGAUUUUUUUCGUCUUAGAUGUUAAGGGAGAGGUUAUCGUGGCAGUUUUCCUGAAAAUCAACGUUCGUGUUAGUCUUGACACCCGGUAUCAUCAUGGCUUCUGGUAGCAAUGGUUUCCGUGCAAUUAUGGAAGUAUAUAACAAUUUCAUGGAAACAAAAAGUGACCCCAGAACAUCAAACUGGUUGCUGAUGAGCUCUCCUGGACCCUUGAUCACAAUUCUAGUCACAUAUCUUUAUUUUUGUAUAUCGGCAGGGCCAAGAUAUAUGAGGGAUAGGAAACCCUACGACUUAAAGCUUGUCAUACAAGCCUAUAAUGCACUUCAGAUUGUUCUGAGUAUAUACCUGGUCUACUUGGGUUUAGCUGGGGGAUGGGCUAAAGAUUACAGUUUUGCAUGUCAGCCAGUUGACUAUUCAGUCAACCCAACAUCAAUGACAAUGGCGACAGCAGUCUGGCUGUACUUCAUAACGAAAAUUAUCGAAUUGGUUGAUACGGUAUUUUUCGUUCUGAGAAAAAAAAUGAACCAGGUAUCUUUUCUCCAUUUGUACCAUCAUACUAUGAUGCCCAUUUGUGGAUGGAUCGGCACAAAAUUCUUACCAGGUGGUCAUGGAACAUUGCUGGGUGUUAUCAAUUCCUUCAUACAUAUUAUUAUGUAUACCUACUACUUGAUGGCUUCGAUGGGUCCACAGUAUCAGAAGUACCUUUGGUGGAAGAAGCAUGUCACAGCUCUGCAAAUGGUACAAUUUUGUAUAAUUUUCGUCCACAACUCCCAAGUUCUCUUCAGGGAUUGCGAUUACCCCAAAAUAAUCACCUUCCUUCUUGCAACUCAAGCCCUCUUCUUCCUCUACCUUUUCGGUAGUUUUUACCACCGAAGCUACAUCCAAGCUAGGAAAUGGGAGCAGGCAAGACAAAAAAGACAACAAGCAAGGAUAGCCGCCCAAGAAAAUGAAGUCAAAGAAGGUGAAACGUCUAAAGGAAUGGAAGAAACGCAAGAAAUUGUUAUGAAUGGAAAAGCGAAAUGCACAAUGGCCCUGUUAUUGAAGAAACUAUACCAGAGCUACUUCUGGAUAUUCGACGAUCUUGCUGAUCAUCGGACAGAUGAUUGGCUACUUAUGGGCAACGGGCCAUGGAUACCAGCUGCCAUCAUGUUAGGAUAUCUCUAUUUCGUGUUCAAAAUUGGUCCAAAUUUCAUGAAAGAUAGACCACCGUAUAAUCUUAAACAAGUCCUCAUAAUAUACAAUGUGAUUCAGAUUCUAGCCAAUGGAUAUGUACUCAUAAGGGGUAUACAUAUGGCAUUGGAUAUCAAUUGGUUGUGUGCAGCUGUAGACUAUUCUGAUGGUCCACACUCUAGAUUGAGCCUUGAAUUAUCCUUCUAUUACUACCUUUUGAAAAUAUCAGAUCUCUUAGACACAGUAUUUUUCAUUCUCCGAAAGAAAGAGAGACAACUCAGUUUUCUGCACAUUUAUCAUCAUUUUGGUAUGAUAUUCUUGUCAUGGGCUGGUUGUAAAUUUUUAGCUGGAGGACACAGCAUGUUUGUUGGGCUUUUUAAUCUGAUCGUACACAUGGUUAUGUACUUUUAUUACCUCAUCAGUGCAUGGGAUUCGAGAUACAAAAAUAGUUUAUGGUGGAAGAAGCAUAUCACUCAACUACAAUUGGCUCAAUUUACCAUCUUGUUUAUGAUGUAUUUAACAGUGGUCUUCCAACCCAACUGCGGAUAUCCAAAGUUUCCUGCUAUGGUUUUCUUAUCCCAGAAUAUAUUCAUGUUGAUACUUUUCGGAGAUUUCUACUAUAAAGCCUACAUCAAGAAGGAUACCGGAGGCACCGAAAAGAAAGAUUGAGGUGCAUCAGAAGUAGCAAUUUUCUAUACUAUAGGAUAUUUAUUCGUCUAGACCAUAAUUUCAUUUCCACUUUUUUUGUGUAAAUACCAAAUCGAAAUAGUUAUGUAUCGUAAGCCUAACGAAAAAUAUGUUUUAAGAUUAUUCAGUGGCAUCAAUUUUUUGUAACUAUUUUCGGAUUCCUCUGUUACAUUCUAUUAAAUUUGAGUUUUCGUUCUAUUAUUUUUCAAUUACGUCAAUAUACAUAUGCUCGAGAGAUUCAAAUUUUGAGUUAGUUUACAAGUAGGUAUUUGUCAGAUACUUUUUCAAUAAAAAUAUGUUAUUUUUUCUUUA